AUGAAAGUCUUAAUUGUUUUAAGUGUACUGCUGGCCUGCGCCAGCGCCAUAGAAUGGUCCAACUUCAAGCAGCAAUUCCAGAAGGUGUACAAGUCUCCCGCCGAGGAGCUUAUGCGCAAGCUGAACUUUGAGAAGAAGGUGCGACAGAUUGAGGAGCACAACAAGCGUUUCCACAAUGGCGAGGAGUCCUACGAGAUGGGCAUCAAUCAGUACAGCGACAUGAGCUACGAAGAGUUUGCCGAGAAAGUAACACCCCAGCUGAAUCCUGAAGAGCAUGUUGUCAAUGAGCAGACUACUUACCAACCAUCAGGCAGAGCUGUGCCCGAUAGCAUCGAUUGGCGCACACGUGGUGCUGUUACUCCCGUGAAGAACCAAGGUACAUGCGGUUCCUGCUACACUUUUGCUGCUGCUGCUGCUAUGGAGGGUGCUUACUACCUGAAGACGGGUUCAUUGUACCCACUGUCCGAGCAGAACUUGUUGGAUUGCACUACAGUCUCGCCUUACAGCAACAUGGGCUGCAACGGCGGCUGGGCCAGUCGCUCCCUGCAGUAUAUUGUCAACAAUGGUGGCAUCGACUACGAGUACUAUUAUCCCUAUGAUGGAGCUCUGGGCAAAUGCCGUUAUAACUACAGCUACAGAGGCGCCACCGCUCGCAAGGUAAUCAAUGUUGCUGCUGGUGAAAAUAAUCUGAAGGCAGCUGUUGGCGAGAAGGGUCCCGUCGCCGUGUCCAUCUACUCAUCCGAUGCUUUCAAUAACUACAAGAGCGGCGUCUUCACCGAUAACAACUGCAAUGGACGUGGCACCAAUCAUUUGGUGACUGUUGUUGGCUACGGCACUGACUCUUAUUAUGGCGACUAUUGGCUAAUCAAGAACUCCUGGGGCACUUGGUGGGGAGAGCAGGGUUACAUGCGCAUGGCUCGCAAUCGCAACAACAUGUGUCUGGUUGCCAGCUAUGGUGUCUACCCAGAAGUCUAA